ACGAGCUGCAAGAAAAGACAAUAUGGCAGCUAUCUGGAUCUGAGAUCUGACCCACCACACCACCAGUCGCCAUGGAAAUGGACCAACUCUCCUACGGAAGCUUGUGCGGGAUGGCUGUAGCCACGGCUCUCUUGUGGUUGAUCCUGAGGCAGGCUCUGGGCGUCGUGGGUGGCAAGGAGGACACAGGAGGAGCCGAAGCUAAUAAGCUUCCUCCAGGUCCAUGGACGCUUCCCGUCAUCGGCAGCCUGCACCACCUCGUGGGCACGAAACUGCCGCCGCACCGCGCGCUGCUCCAGCUAUCCCGCCGGCACGGCCCGCUGAUGCUGCUGAGGCUCGGCGAGGUGCCCAACGUCAUCGUGUCCAGCCCGGAGGCGGCGAUGGAGGUGCUCAAGACGAACGACCUCGCCUUCGCGACCCGUCCGUGCGGCCCCACGAUGGACAUCGUCAGCUGCGGGGGCAAGGGCCUCCUGGCGCCCUACGGCGAGCACUGGCGGCAGAUGCGGAAGGUGUGCGUCACGGAGGUGCUCAGCGCGCGGCAGGUGCGGCGGAUCGAGUCCAUCCAGCGAGGCGAGGCCGCGCGCCUCGUGGAGUCGGUCUCGGCCGCCGCCACGGCCUGCGCCGUCGUCGACGUCGGCAAGGGGCUGGCCGAGCUGGCGGGCAACAUCAUCGCCGGGGCGGUGUUCGGCGGGAGGUUCCCGCAGCAGGAGGCGCACCUCCGCGAGAUGGACGCGCUGUCGGCUCUGGUGGGAGGUUUCGGCCUGGUGGACCUGUUCCCAUCGUCGCGGCUGGCGCGGUGGCUGAGCAGCAGCACGCGCGACGUGAGGAGGAGCCAUGCCCGGGUGCAGCGCAUCCUGGACGACAUCAUCCAGGAUCGCAAGGAGAAGAAACCCACAGCUGCUGCUGCCUCUCCCGCUGCUCGAGACAGCGAAGACUUGCUGGACGUGCUCCUGAGGCUGCAGAGGGAGGACACCCUCACUUUCCCUCUCACCUCGGAGUCCAUCGGCUGUGUCAUCUCUGAUAUAAUUGGAGCUGCUACCGAAACCACUUCUUCCACCCUAGAAUGGGCCAUGGCGGAGCUCAUCCGCAACCCAGAGGCCAUGGCAAAGGCGCAACACGAGGUCCGCCAGAGGCCCCACGGCGACGGCGUUGUUACGGACCUCGGCGAGCUCCACUAUCUCCGGAUGGUGAUCAAAGAGACGCUAAGGCUGCACCCCGCGGGGAUGUUUCACCGGGCGAGCCAGGAGGACUGCCGGGUCAUGGGCUACCACAUACCUAAGGGCACCUCUGUCGUGAUAAACAGCUUCGCUGUGGGGACGGACCCGGCGCACUGGGGGGAGGACGCCGCCGAGUUCAGGCCGGAGAGGUUCCACGGCAAUGAGAUGGUGGAGUACAUGCAGAUGGAGUUCGUCCCGUUUGGAGCUGGCCGCAGGCAGUGCCCUGGAGCGCUGUUCGCGACCACCAUCAUGGAGCUGGUGCUGGCCAACCUCCUGUACCACUUUGACUGGGCGGUCCCGGGAGGGGAGACGUUGGACAUGGGCGAGGUCUAUGGGUUCAUCGUGCACACUAGGUCCAGCCUGCGCCUGCAGGCAUCAUCUUACCAUCCAGAUCUACAGGAGUAGGAUGACCACUGCUAGCGUACCUAGCUAGCUAGUAGAUGCAUCCAUCCGAGAAGAGAAUUAAUCUACUCUUGCUGCUGCUAGCUGCUGCUGUUUAUCUCUUGUUGUCUAGCUCAUGACUUGUAAAUAAAAAUAAUUCUGCUGUCCCACCAGUUUCUCUUCUAUUCUGUGGUCGGCCACGAUAUGGAUCGAAGUCGGAGGCCAUGGCCGCACGCCGA